GGUGAAUGAGAGGGAAGAGGACACGCUUUACUGUGCGUCGCAUUAACAGACACACAAUUAGAAGAAAAUGACUUAUAUUUCCUCGCUGGGGACCCAUGUUUUCAUGACAGCAUAUCUACUCUUCCUGAUGGGAUGCGCUGCACAGAAAGUGUACUUUGACUGUGGUGCCAAGGUGGAUGUGGUGGAUGCCCAAGGACUGAUUCUCUCCCCUGGCUUCCCCUACAACUACUCUUCCGGGACACAUUGCGUCUGGCAGUUCUUUGUACCUGUUGAUUAUCAGCUUAUACUUGAGAUAUUUGACUUUGACGUGUUUGAAAGCCACGACUCCGCCGCACAGCACGCUGUCAUUUCUAAUUCUGAAGAGGACAGCGGAGAGGACGAGGUGACAUUUGCACCUAACAGGGUAGCAUUGAAUGAAGCUACGAUGGCAGAAAAAGAUCUGAUGGAUCAGAGGAAUGCCAAAAACAUCCAGAAGUCCUCUCAAGAUAGUGAGAUAGAACAGGUGGUGGUCCAAGAACAGUCCACAAAAAUGGAGAUAGCCAAAGUCUCAAACUCUGCCAAAAGAUCUAUAGAUGGUUCCUCUGGUCUAAUAUCAGCCCCUCCCGCUUCUCUCCCACUUCCUGGAGCUGUGUCCUAUGCAGAUAGGGUCUUCAACACAGCCUCCUCCUCUCAUCUUAAGGCAGAUAUCGACCCCAGUUCCAACCCAAGCAUGACUAUGGUGGAUACCACUGUUGCCGCACCACAAUCCAGUGACACUCCUGCUGUGAGCCCUGAAACCCAGCAGUCAGUGCUUGAUGACUGCCCCCAUGAUGUCCUCUAUAUCUCAGACCUCAUCACUUUCUCCUCAAGAUUCUGUGGGUCAAAUCGACCUCCCAGCAGCCAGCUAGUUUUUGGCUCUAGCCAGGAGAUGGUCGAGGUGAUCAUGGAACUCAUCACUACCACUCACUGGGGCCGUGGCUUUGCUCUCCUCUUCCACUACAACAAUCUGACCAAGCCAGGGGGGGAACGGCGAAGCCUUACUUCCACAUCCACCAAGGCAGACUCUCUGCUGGCUGCUGUGAGUGGAGCUGCCUUCUUCGCUUUGAUACUCACUACUGUCGUCUGUGUCAUAUUCAGACCCAAACUGUGUCCAAAACGAGACAACUCCUGUGCAUCCACAAGCUCUGAGGUGCCAGAGGGAGCCCAGAACGCUGGGGAAGAGGUAAGUGAGCUGCAACCAAUGGCUGAGAAUCAGAUCAACCAGGAGGUGAUCAGGGGGCAGGAACACAAGUACAGUCCACCACACACAGUCAGUGCUGGUGUCGAUGCUUCCCAAAAUACUCAAGUGGACCUUUCCUCCAGUGGUUUGCCAGAGCUGGAGCUUGGACCAGAUGAAGUGUUCAUCAUAUCGCCGUUCCCAAGCCCCACCAGGCCUUCUUUCUCCCCACACACACAGAGGGAGAGGUUCCUGAGGCACAGUGACACCGGGCCCAGUCCAGCUGAUGACUGGACCCCACCAGACUCCACCAACUUACCUUCUGGUCCCUCCAGCAGUAACUGCUCCAGACCAAGAGCGUGGAGUGUACGCACCUUCCAGGACUUUCUCCCUCCGCUGCCGCAGCUCCAUAAGAAGUGGUGCAGCUGGAACUCUACCAGCCCCUUCACCAAACUAGUGGACAGCGCUCCUGCCUGUCUGGUGGCUGACAACAACAGGAAGGUUUUCUCCGAUGUUCACCUGGCAGCCAAGAUGGACGGCAGCACCAUCUCUGACUCUUCUAUCAGCAAUGCUUGCUAUCCACUCGCUCAAGCUGCCCAAAGGCAGCGGCGUCUCAACUCAACCAGCAACCUGCGGCGCUCCCGCUUCACAGGGCCUUGCUUCGGUCUGCUCUCUGGGACGGCGGACCCGACCAAGACCUCUGGACUUAACCAUGCCCAGAGCUCCCAACCAGAGCCCAUUUCCUCUGCUUCCUCCAUCCAGUGUCCCGUCGAGAGUGGCCAGGCUGCAAAGAGGCAUGAUUUCCCAGGCGAGGGUGAUCACCUGAGUGCGCCUGUGUUUGCCAUUUCUGAGGAGGAGGACCGGCAGCCUCUGGUCUCAGCUGAACACCUGGGUCAGAGCGCUGACACCACCAUCCUGAAUGGAGUGGUUCCUGGGACAUUCGAGGGGAAAAGACCUGCCAGGGCAACGUCUAGCCUCAGCCCUCAGAACCAGAGGGCUAGACCGGAGUGGAGGCCGUGGGGGAGUCAGGUGUCAGGUGGGGUUUGUCCACUCCCUUCCAAUGCACCCCCCACCAUGAGCGAGUCAAACAACAUCAAUGGCUGCCAGCUGCCUCUCAGUCAGUCGGCAGUGUUGUGCAGCAACCACAUGUGACCAGGAAGAUUCUGACAAGACUUUGGUGGGCCAGCGAAGCAUUCCUGAACUCUCGUUAAUGCCCCUUUGUUUCACCAUGUAACCUUUAAUUGACAGAAUCUACUUGCAAAUUGAUUUCUGGUAAACGUUCUUCUCUUUCUGGAUGCUGCUCCAUAUAUGCAGAUGUCUGCUUGCAACAAAGAACAGUAUUUUUCAUUGUACACUAAAACCUCAACAUUUAGGAGCACUUUUUAAACCAGGUUUAUUGAUCAAUUUGAUAUAUUUUGCUGAAUUAUACUCAAAAGAUCACACUACUUUUCAGUAAUUUAUUCGGUGUGGCUAUUGUAUUAGGUGCCAAUACGUUUGCCAUCAUAAUGGUCUGCUUGUGACUUUUCUUUUUUCUUAAGUACUUGUUACACAUAUGUGUUCUCUAAAGUAUAAAUCAAGCAUGUAUUGCUUAUAUACAUAUACAGUAUACCUUUACUGGAUUAUAAAAGGGAAAUCAAAAUACUGUAAAACAUAUACUAAUGUACAUCUUUAGCGAAAUCUAGCCUAAAGAAAAAAUAGCAAUCACAAUAGUAUUUAUCAAAUGAGUGGACAUGAAUUAAUGUAAAGUUGUAAUAAAGGCUGUCAUUCGCAUGUGGAGCACUUAAUAUUUCAACUAUGUUGGUUACAUCAGUCAUCUAAUCAUCCAAUACAAAAAGCUGUAACCAAAGAAAUCUGCCUUUUAAAUAGAUAAUGCUCAGUUUUGACAGUUUUGCCACCGUCAGUAUGGAGGAUUUGUUGUGGCAAUAUUAAAUAUGAACUAUCAACAGUAUCAAUAUCAACACCAAAGUGGCCCUCGGGCCAUUUACGGCCCAUGACUGUUUUGUAUUUUUUAAUCGCAUCCAUGUUCUUUUUACAGAUUGAAAUCCAAACACCAUUAUGAAAUGAAAAACACAAGUCAGACUAAAUGGGUAGUUCCAGUUUUUUAAUGUUAUGUUCCGAAGACAAAUUAGAUCUACUGUAUAUGCACGUUAAAGACAAUCUUAACUUUGCUAAUACAACACAGGGACACGGCCAGACAUUUCUUUUAUGUGCCUUAUACUCUACGGGCGUCUAACUCGACCUGAUGGCACAGCAUAAACCAAGUGCUUGCAUAAAGUUGCUGACAUCACAGAAGGCAUUUUUUCAGUGUCAUGAAGGCACCUCUGAUAACUGCAUUGUCUCCCAUACUUCCCGUGAGGUAGAAUGAAACCUGCCUCUCCCAUCCAGCUCAGUUCAGACUUUUACACACCAAGUGCGUAAAUAUUUGCGUUAGUACACAACAUAUCUCCUGUCCCCAGGCGAAUGCAAAGUACUACUCCAAAGCCUCUUUAAUACCAAUUCCUGAUUGGAGCGGCUUGGUACUGUUGUUGGCUUAGAGUGGCCAGAUCUCCGGUGGAGAAUAAUUAAAACUCAGCCCUUCUGUCGGGGGAUCGACUGGACUUGUGCGGAGGGUCUGAGCUGCUAUGGAAUGCUAGAAUGGUUCUUACACCAUGACUAAGGGGGUAAAAAAACACUUUUAACACCUAAAGUAAUUUCAACCCCUGGGCAGAGGAAAGAAAAUGCUCAUUCAAAACAAGCUGGAUCAGGACUUGGACAACUGACACUAAAACAAAACAACAACAACUAAAGAAUAAAUAUAACUCUGAAGAGCUACACGUGUCAACUUGUAGGGACACCUGAAUGAAGACACAAAUCAA